AUGGUCUAUUCAUGUUCCAAUACUAGCACCAAUACUACUAGUAAUACCAAUAUCACUAAUACUGGUACCAACGUUAGCAUUAGUACUGGUAAGAAUAACACAGCCAGAGAUGAAGCCACACAUAAAUUAUAUCACAAUGGUUUGCCUAUUGCAUUAGUCACUGUUGUCGAGAAAGAGAAAUUCCACGGUAGAGAGGUGAACCGUAAUGUGAACUCGAUCUGCAGGGUUGUCGAGAUACUGGACUCCUGUCCCAGAGAUGUUCCCCUGGUGGUCGAAUAUCCCAAGAACAAAUACCGUUAUGUACACGAAUUGCUGCCAGGUUUGUUGGUCGUCUGGCAAAGGAAAGACGUCAGGGAGAUUUAG